AGCUCAGUGGUUCGCUGAGACCCAGCCUCUCCUUUCAGGAAGAGACUGAAAGGAGAAAAGGCUCCAUAACGUCCGAGCGUCUCUCCUGAUGCAGGAAACAUUUCUGCUGUUCAUAGAUAAAUAAUUAUUGCCUGGAUGGAGCUGUGAGAUGGAGACCCAGAUCACCUUUAUUUGCUUGUUUCUAGUGAUUCUGGGAUUUUCUGCUGCUCAGGAAGAGAAUCGUACAGGAAUCGUUGGAGGAACCAUCACUCUACCUGCUGCUGUCACAGAGAAAGGAUAUAUUUUAUAUAACGGAGAAAUCCUUGCUUCAGUGUUUAAAGGUGAACUUGAUAUUGAUGUGAAAAUUUACAAAAACAAACUUUAUUGGAACCGAAGCUCUGGAUUCUUUACGAUCACAAACCUGCAGAAGAACGACUCAGGAAUCUAUAAAGUUCAAAAAGGCGAAUUUUCUUCUUCAUAUAAACUCCAAAUUUAUGAUCCAGCACCAACUCCUGCAGUAAAAACUGUUAAUGUGACCUCUGACCUCUGCCUGUUGAUCUGCUCUGUGGACAAACCGGAGACUCUGCUGUGGAUCAGAAACAAAGAAAUCCAGAACCAGAGCCGCUCUGCUCUGUCUCUACAUGUUACUGUCUAUAAAGAGGAUAGAGAUUCAUCAUAUAGAUGUGCAGCAGCCAAUCCUGCAGAGAACAAAACUGUUGAUGUUAAUUUAACGACUUCCUGUGGAUUCAACCAGACAGAAACUCAGACUGACAGAAGAACAUACUGGAUCCCAGCUGUCAUCUCAGUGGCACUGAUUGGAUUGAUUGUUUUUGGAUUCCUGCUGAUCCAGAAGAAAUUUCCGGGCCGAAAGUCAUCAGGCAGUCAAACACAAGGAGGUUCUGUAAGAGAAGAGGAAGUCCAGUAUACGCCAAUUCAUUUUAAGGAUAAAAGAGGAAAUCAGGGAGAAAAUAUUCCAGAACCAUCAGGAAGCAGCAACAAUCUGACAACAGUUUAUGCUAAACUGGAACAUCCAGCAACGGAUCAGAACCUGCUAACAGCCAGCAGCUAACAGCUAGCAGCUAACAGUCAGUGGCUAACAACAAGCAGCUAACAGCUAGUAGCUAAGAGCCAGCAGCUAACAGCUAGCGGCUAGCAGCGAAGAGCCAGCAGCUAACAGCUAGCGGCUAACACUGAGCAGCUAACAGCUAGCAGCUAACAUUUCUUUUCAGGACCUCCACGCUGUGAAACAGCUCAGUGUAAAUAUAUAAAUAUAAUAAAUCACUGUAGAUAUUUAGCAGCUUAUUGUACAGGACUGCAUACUUUUCCCGUUUCUUGUAUUAAGUUUAGUAUUUGUGCCUUGAAUUUUUGUGAACAUUCUGAAUAUUUUCUGUUACUAACCUUGCAGCAUUUCAUCUGUUUUAUGCACUGUUUGUUAAAUGUGCUCAGAAUGUGGUAAUAAAAAGUUUGAACCAUGAAAACAG